UUACGUGAGCUUCGCCGCCAUAUUGUGAGUGGCUUUGCUGUGGAAAGCGCCAAAGAAGAGCAGAUAGCCCUGCCUUUUAAAACAUUUUUGAGCAACAUGCCUCAUUCGUGUGCUGCGUUGGAUUGUACAAAACGCUUUACGGUCCAAACCAGAUCCUCGGGGAUUACCUUUCACAGGUUUCCCAAAGAAAGUGGCAUGAAAAAACGAUGGGUGAAAGCCCUCAGGAGGAAGGGUUUCUCCCCCAGCACAGCUUCCAGGAUCUGCAGCGAGCACUUUAAACAGGAGGACUUUGACAGGACAGGCCAGACCGUCAGACUCAGAGAUGGAGUUGUUCCUUCAGUCUUCAGUUUUUCUGCUUGUUCCAAAAGGCGACGGGCAGCCAAAACAACCAAGACUUCAUCCAAGAAACAAGAGACCCAGAUAGUGGACAGUUCCCCACCUGCCCAAGAACCAGAGCCUCUGCCCAAUCCUGAUUUAGACCACUCCUAUGCAUUGCCUCCAUCUCUGGGAGAUCUGAAGGCAAAACUCAGUGAGGCGCUGAAUAGGGUUGAAAGUCUGGAAAGAGAAAUGAGGAAUGCCAAGGAUCGGGAACGGAGAGCGAAAAAUGCAUUGCAUGUUCUUGUGGAGGAUCUGAAGGGCAAGAACCUUAUAAAUGAAAAACUAAAACAAAGCCUUGAUUUAUAGUAAGAUCAAAUGAAAACAAGGACUUGGAGAACAUUAAAUUAGGUGUAAUACACCUUUACAUAUCUCAUACGACUUUUUAGUUAUUAUUUUAAGAGGACUCAGUAUUCAGUCGAAGCGCUGAAUUUAAAAUCUUGUCUGCCGGGGAGUUCAUCAUCAGCACUGACACCCUGAUGCUGACGAUUCUGGAGCAUCUUUCAUGUCCGUGAUGCAUCUCCUUCCAUCACAGUAGCCAGGACCAUUUGGAGCUCUACCUCACUUCAAUAAGGGCAGGGGGUUGGUGUGAAAACCCGUCCGGUUGGUAUCUCUCCAAGCACAUACGGAAACCUGGCAGCGCAGCAUGAGACCAUCUCCCUUUCUCUAAUUGAGAUGUGUACUCCAUCUGAAGGAGAACAGUUUCCACCCCCCUUUCCCAACAUCCCCGUUGGCUUUUGUUUACACCUCAGCAUCUGUUUGAUUUGUUUGGUUCAGAAGAAUUAGUUUCAUCUCAUUUCAUUCAAGAGGAAUCACUGUACCAGGAUUUUCUACUUGGUUAGCUUUGGUUAUCUGCGUUUCACAAAUUAAGACUGCACAACUUUGCCAAACUAAACAUUCUUCUAGUAUAGGGUGGCGACAUGCAAAAAACAGCAAGACAUUUCUCUCCCAAGGGUUUGUGGAGAUGUGGGCCUGUGGGGUGUGUUGUGAUGCCGAAAGUGAGUCCUUAGCAGCACAAGACACAAAUUUGGCAAAUAAAAAUUUUCUUUAUGAAUUCUGUGAUGUGUAGGCCUCUUUCUAAUUUUGUUAAUGGCCAUUAAACUUAACUUAAAUCAUGCUUGUCUGGAAUUUACCAAAAUCUUUUGCUACAUGUUUGUAGCAAAAGAUGUUUGUGUGUUUUUGCACCCUAUGUUUGUCAUCAGCCAUGCAUGGUAAAGCAGUGAUUAACACUGUUGUCUGGCAGCAAGAUGGCCUGGGGUUCAAUUCCCAGCCUGGGCUCUUUCUGCAUGAAAUGUAUAUGUUUUUCCUGUGCAUGCAUGGGUAGUCAGACUUAAUUGGUUAUUCUAAAUUGUAAAUAGGUAGGAGUGUAUGUGUGCAUGGUUGUUUGUCCUGUGUGUGUCUCUGCGUUGCCCGGUGAUGAAACCACACGUGCUAAUGAUGGGACACCUGAACCAAAGCUAUGAACGCUGUUCCGAGCAGGAAGGGUAAUUUCAAAUGACGCCAGAUUCAGGGCUUGUUUCAUUUUAACAAUGAAAGGAUCAAUGAGACAAAGCUAUAAACGGUACAAACUCCUUACUGGGUUCUUUGUCCAUUUGCUCAUGGAUUAGCUGUGUUGAUCUGUGGCCCAAAUCCUUAAUACUCCUGCAGAAACAAGCGAUAAUAAAUAAAAUCCCCUCAUUUAAUUCAA